UAUUAGAGCUGGUAAUCAUGGCCUCCAAAGUGGCUCUCCUCCUCGCCGUCCUGGUCUGCAGCCAGUACCUGGCCCAGGGCGUCUACGUCGUCUCCAAGGCGGAGUGGGGUGGUCGCCGCGCCAGCUGGACCGUGGGCCUGGGCAACUACCUGGGCUACGCCAUCAUCCACCAUACUGCCGGCUCCUACUGCGAGACCCGUGCCCAGUGCAACGCCGUGCUGCAGGGCGUCCAGAACUACCACAUGGACUCCCUGGGCUGGCCCGACAUCGGCUACAACUUCCUGAUCGGCGGAGACGGCAACGUGUACGAGGGUCGUGGCUGGAACAACAUGGGCGCCCACGCCGCCGAGUGGAACCCCUACAGCAUCGGCAUCAGCUUCCUGGGCAACUACAACUGGGACACCCUGGAGCCGAACAUGAUCUCCGCCGCCCAGCAGCUGCUCAACGAUGCGGUCAACCGUGGCCAGCUCAGCUCCGGCUACAUCCUGUACGGCCAUCGCCAGGUCAGCGCCACCGAGUGCCCCGGCACCCACAUCUGGAACGAGAUCCGCGGCUGGUCCCACUGGUCUGGCGAUAAGCUUGGGCGGGCGGUGGUAUAUAAGGUCCGAUCGGACGACAGGCCACACAAUCGAUCCGCAUCAACCAUGGCAAACAAAGCUCUCGUCCUUCUGGCCGUGCUCUUCUGCGCCCAGGCCGUUUUCGGCGUGACCAUCAUCUCCAAAUCGGAGUGGGGCGCCCGCUCCCCCACCAGCAAGUCCACGCUGGCCAGCUCCCUGAGCUACGCCGUGAUCCACCACACCGCCGGCAACUACUGCUCCACCAAGGCCGCCUGCAUCACCCAGCUGAAGAACAUCCAGAACUACCACAUGGACUCCCUGGGCUGGGCCGACAUCGGCUACAACUUCCUGAUCGGCGGCGAUGGUAACGUGUACGAGGGUCGCGGCUGGAACGUGAUGGGUGCCCACGCCACCAACUGGAACUCCAAGUCCAUCGGCAUCUCCUUCCUGGGCAACUACAACACCAACACCCUAACCUCUGCCCAGAUCACCGCCGCCAAGGGUCUGCUCUCCACCGCCGUCUCCCGCGGCCAGAUCGUCUCCGGCUACACCCUGUACGGACAUCGCCAGGUGGGCUCCACCGAGUGCCCCGGCACCAAUAUCUGGAACGAGAUUCGCACCUGGUCCAACUGGAAGGCCUAAGGCAUUUAUAAAAUUAUAUAAAAUGUCAUUCAAAUAAAAGCUUAAGCAUACAAUCGCACACAUCAA